AUGGCCGGCGGGAAGAGGAAUAGGCUGCAGGGUCCACCCCCGAAAUGGGCUGUCGUCCGUGGCAUGCUCCACAUGCGGAUCAAGGACGCCGCCGCGGAGCUGAACGUCCCCAUCACCUACCUCAGGCGCCUCUGCCUCCAGAACGGCUUCCCUACCUGGCCAGGAAAGAGGAUCCGGUACAUGAACGGUAUAGGGAGGAACCCGAUGCUGGAAGUAGAUGCGCCGGAGAGCUCGUCACGGCGGGCUGGGUUAGCUGGUCCUUCCCAGCUGGCCAGGAUGGCAGUGACGGCUGGGUUAACUGGUCCUUCCCAGCUGGCCAAGAUCGCGGAGACCAAGAAGAAGGAGGAGGAGGACGACAACAUGACUGGGAUCCCCGAACCAGUUGCGAAUUCUCCUCCUAGAGAAGAACUCGUCACUUUAAACUUGAUCGACAAGGUUGGAUCGUCCUCCAGCAGCGAGCGCAGCUAG